CCGUGGUGCUGAACUGGACGAGCGACUCCUAUGCGCAUUUCGCUGACCGAAAAAAAAGAUAAGUCAGACAAAGGGAUUGAACAAGAAUUUUAAGAUUGAAUUCAUAAUGGAGGGGAUGUCUUGGAGAUUGUUUUUACUUUCUUUGGUACUUCUGGAGGGGUCUACGCAAGAUUUCGGACAAACGCAGUUCAUCUGCACGUCGGUUCCCAAGGAUAUGGACUUGUGCGCAGCCACUAUGCAGAACAGUGGCCCCGCAGAGGACCUGAAGACCACCGUCAUGCAGCUGAGAGAAACCGUUCUUCAGCAAAAAGAGAUUAUCAUGAACCAAAAAGAGACGAUCAGGGAACUAACGUCCAAGUUGACUCGGUGUGAGAGUCAGAGUCCCCCGGAACCCGGAGUAGGGGGCAGGAGAAAAGAGCCGGGCUCUAAAAAUACUAUGGGGGAUGUAUCUCGGGGUCCGUCCGACACGUUGGCCCAACUGGGGCAGACGUUGCAAACCCUGAAACAGAGACUGGAGAACUUGGAGCAAUACAGCAGAAUUAACAGCACAGCGCAGACGAAUAGUCUGAAAGACCUGCUCCAGAACAAAAUAGACGACAUGGAGAAGCAGGUGCUGUCCCGGGUCAACACGCUGGAAGAGGGCAAAACUGGCCAGAGGAAUGAAACGGACCAGCGCAACAGAGUCGAGUCCACGCUUACCUCCAUCCACCACAGAAUUACAGAUCUGGAAAAAAGUCCAAAGGGCAACAGACCACCGGACAAGUUCCAACUGACUUUCCCUCUCCGAACCAACUACAUGUAUGCGAAGGUCAAGAAAAGUUUGCCGGAGAUGUAUGCAUUCACCCUAUGCAUGUGGAUCAAAUCCAGUGCGUCGCCAGGCGUCGGCACUCCAUUCUCCUACGCAGUACCGGGGCAGGCCAACGAGCUGGUUUUGAUUGAGUGGGGCAAUAACCCUAUGGAGAUUCUCAUCAAUGACAAGGUGGCAAAACUACCUUUUGAAAUUAACGACGACAAGUGGCAUCACAUCUGUGUCACCUGGACUACAAGAGACGGAGUGUGGGAAGCCUUCCAGGACGGGGUGCUGCGUGGCAACGGGGAGAACCUGGCUCCGUACCACCCCAUCAAACCGCACGGAGUGCUAGUUCUAGGGCAGGAGCAGGAUUCACUGGGAGGAGGCUUCGACGCAACACAAGCUUUUGUUGGGGAGCUGGCCAAUUUUAACGUGUGGGACCGUAAGCUGUCAACGGGAGAGAUUUACAACCUGGCCACCUGCAACAACAGAGCGCAGGUGGGAAGCGUCUUUGCAUGGUCGGAGGCCAGCAUCGAAGUGUUCGGUGGAACAACGAAAUGGCAGUUUGAGCCUUGUCGUCAACUCAACUGAACUGAACUGCACUACGACAAACAGAAAACGCCAGUACGAGAUACGUGUUUCUGAGCUUGUCUUUCUUGUCUUCAUUUGACGUUGAUAAAAAAAGAACAAAACUUAACAUUGAUUUAAAAAGGUAAGCGAAAAGCUGGGAUUUCUAUACAUAAUUAAGUAUUUAUGUGCAAAACAAACAAACGUUUUUGGUCUUGAAAAAAAUAUAUUUUCCUGUCAUAUGUCUUGGAAACCUCAGUGAGACAGUGUUGGUAUUGAUUACUUUUUGAUUCGGAGUUCGUUUUAUUUUUUUGCAAGCGCACUCAAGCUUUGGUUUCGCUUUUUUUUCCUUGGACCGGCAGCUGGGCAUCUUAAGCCUUACUGUACGUUGGACAAUAUCUCAAGACAGAGCGGAAAUCAUCGCCUUCUUCUUGAUUCAGAACUCAAAGCCGACAGUCCAAAGGACAGUAUCUGAGAGAGAUUACAAAGAGUUUCAUUACUGCACUUAAUGGCACCCCAACCUCUCCGGAACGUGGGGGGGGGGGGGGGCUCCCGAACUGGUUAGACCUCCCAAUUUGCACCACAACUGAAAGAUAUGUUCAUAAAUUCGUUUAUUAAUACAAAGACUUGGCCAAGGUGACAGGCAGGACAGCACAGCACCCUACCAAUGACUCUCUCUGGGUACUGAGGUGACAAUGCUACUCUAAACCCCAGGGGUACACAAGUGAGAUCAGUACAAGAACCCCAGUAGGAUGUAAGCACACAUCAAACUUAAUUGAGCACAGCAACACGGCAACAUAAGCACACUAAAGAGGCAUUAAGCCCACAAGUUCCCCCUGUCCAAGAUAAAGGCAGCACAACCUGUGCCACCUGCCCCCAGUCCUAGGUCCAAGAAGGAGAAAAAGAAAGAGUCCAUCCUGGUCAGCGCCCUCCUGCUGACCAGGAAAAUGAGAACCCCACAAGGUCAGAUCCAGUCUCAGCUGCUGGGCCCUAUGGAGUCAAACAAGCCCCUUGGCCUCCUCGUUUGGCUCUGGACACAAAAGGAAGCCAGUCCUUAGGGACAGCCAAUGGGAAUAGCGGUCAGAUGUCCCCCUUGGUGGUCCUCUCCUAGUCUGGGUCUCCCCAUACUGGCAGGAAGAAAGGGUAUUUGGACAGCAUUUUGGAAUUUAUGUUCCAGGUGGACAGGUGAAGCCACGCCCAAGCUCCAAGGCUAGUCAUUGGCUACAGCGACAAUGCCAACAGCCAAUCACCUCAGUACUCCAAUUCCACCAUCAGUUGCAGCAGCACAGAGUCCCAUUAGGGUAGAGCCUAGAGCCAGUCACUAUACAGACACCCUGCAACAGUUCCACAACAUGCAACGCACAGAAUAUAGUCUCGCAAAAAGAGUGAACAUAGCACACAAAAGAUACGAGCACACGAAAUACAUAGCACACGGAAUACAAAAACACACAGAAGAGUUCAGUACAUGCCACUUGCACUGUGACUGUCUUGCGCAGUAUAGACGCCGGAGGAUUGAAGGACGAUGCAAUGACGGGUUGCACCUACAGUACUUUACUUGUUCUCGUUGUCCGCUUCAACGUGUUUCUGUAAGAAUGUCUAAAAAUUGCCAACAUGCUACAAGCCUGGGUGCCUUGGACUGGUACAGAUAUUCAGCACAUUUCGUUUAUUAUUUGCAUAAUUCUAUGUAUGAUUUACUUUCUUUGAGAGAGAAAUUGUCGUAACUCUAUUCAAUGUACUUAGCGGCGAUUUGUUAAAAGGACAUGAUGUGUAUUGGCAAGUGUUUGUACACUGUAUUAGGAAUGUUCUCUGUGUAGUAACAGCAUGACAGACAAAAUGCUGCAACAGCAUCGUCGACAACUGCUUUUACUAUCCUUCCAGGUCGGGUCUUUUUUACUGUAUUGUUAUAUGCUCAAAGCAUGGCACCACUGAAAAGAUAAAAAGAUCUAAUUUUUGUAAUAAAAUUGUGAUACAUAA